AAAGCUUCUACAACUACAUUACUCAGUGCACUGCAGUUAUUCACUACCAACCUCAACCCUCUGCACUUUCGCUCCCCCUCGCCAGUUUAUACACCUUGAUACAACAAACAUCUCUCCUCUACGUCCGUAACCAAGAAAUCUCCAUGUCGACCACAGAAAAGAAAAACACUACAGAGCCAGUUGACAAAGCAGCCAUCCGCGAGCUGAUCAACGAGCUCGAACACAAACUCGACGCUCUGUACACCCUAAGCGACGAGGUCAACAGAGGUAUUCUUGAGAGCAAAGAUGCGCUCGAAAGCGUCCGCGAGAAACGCGUCAAGCUACUCAGAGCGCGGCUGGACCGGAUCUUCCAGCAGUGGAAUAUCGGGUCUCUGACUAGCAGCCAUCACCCGUCAACUCAGAAUCAGAGCCAGAAUCAGAGCCAGAAUCCAGGUCCGGGUCCAGGAUCGAGCCAGGCUCAGACUCAAGCUGGGAUUAACCAACAAGGGCAAUUCGGUUUGCCAUGGUAG